UUUGAAUAGGCCUAGAUAAAGGGUUUAUAUGGUCAUCAUAACAACACUCAAUUUAGUUCAGAUGCAAAGUGUCACCUUUUCUAUUCCUCCCCGAUUGACCUCUCCUCACCUCCCCCCUCCUCCACUGGAGAGACAACGCCUUUGACGUAGUCAGCGAAACUUAAAGGAAUUCACCUGGCGGAUCUGAAGUGUGUGAGGAGUGAGAGGAGUGACGCGUUACCGUCACAACUUGUCUUUACUACUAAAACAGUGUAAGAGGCAGGAAUUAGAAACUCUGAACAUCUGAUCGACGCGAGGAGCAGAGCAACAGCCAUUUACCUAACAAUGCUCUAACAAUGCCCUGACACUUCUGGGAACUUAUAUCGGUGACUUGGGCAACAGGAAUAACCUACUUUCUCGGGGAGUUCCGGGUUUAUGUAACACAGCUAUAAUUCAACCAGCGUAUCGCCCGAAGCAUGACCAUGGAACUGCAGUCCUUAGGGACGAAUAGGAGCAAUGGCGAUGGAGCAGAUCAUGUGUCCGCCAGUGAGCAGGUUCAAAAUGGAUCGACCCCUGCCGAGCAGAAUCCACUGCUCUCCCCGUAUCCUGAGAGCAAUGGAGACGUCAUCAUUCGGGUCCCACCGGAUGUCUCAACCGAGUGCCGCAAGAAGAAAGUGGUUCGCGAGGUGGAGCGGUUGACGACAGCGCUCAACGCAAAGGUCUUCUGGAAGUGCAGCGUGUGGAUGACCAUCCUCUUCCUCCUCUUCUUCAUCGCCGCUGUAAUCUUCAUCUCUAUAGUCCUGUGCUCAGUCUUCCGUAAGGAUCCGGACGAUACAUUUGAUCGUUCAUCCUAUGAGGUUCCUCGAGACUUCAAUGGAACCUUUCGGCUAACCAAUCAGGUGUCUGCAGAGGAGCUCCUCACCUCCUCCAAUCAGAGUCAAGUCCUGGCCUCGCAACUUCAAAAGAAGCUCUAUGGCCUCUACAGCGACUCCCCCGCUCUCGGUCGAUACUUCUCCAACGCUGAAAUCUACGACAUCAGGAACGGCUCGACGGAGGCUGUGUUCGGCCUGAGCUUCCUGCUGCCCCGCGCGGACCAGGAGCGGCUGAGGAGCUUCACGCUGAGCCGCCAGCUCGUCUACAACGUCCUGCGCCAGGCCCUCUACGACCAGGACACCAACCCCCCCGGGGCCCUGUACAUAGAGCCCGGCAGCCUCCAGAUGAACUGAGGUCUUCAAAGGGGGCCCCAGGAACACCAACGAGACUGUGUGGGUGUAUGUGUGUGUGUCAGGUUCAGAAGUGACUGGUAGACCGGCAGCCAACAGCCUCUCGUGUGAAGGUCAUGGCAUCACUGUGCUUCGUCAUGUUACUGUGGGUGCCUUCAACUCUAAGGAAGAGGAGCCUCUCUCUCUCUCGCUCUCUCUUCUCUCUCCCCCC